GAGAACAAAUGGAAAAGUGGGAAGAAAACAGAGGCAGUUAGUUCCACUCCUUUGUCUGUUUCGAAUUGGAUUCUCUAUAUUUAUUUCCCCUCGUUCCCGUCUUCUUUUUCACCCUUCUCUUCUCUCCGAAUUCAUCAAUCACCCACCGAGUUCCGACCAUGGCCGAAUCGGUGGAGCUUCCGAGUCGCUUGGCGAUUCUCCCGUUCAGGAACAAGGUCCUCUUGCCCGGCGCCAUCAUCAGAAUCCGCUGCACUUCCCCCACCAGUGUGAAGUUGGUGGAACAAGAACUUUGGCAGCGAGAAGAGAAGGGGUUGAUUGGCAUCCUUCCAGUGCGUGAUGCCGCUGAAAUUAAGCCAGUGGGUCCCACUGUAUCUGAAGGAGCUGAUUCAACAAACCAGAACUCAAAAGUUCAGAGCGGUUCAUCGGAUUCUCAUAAGCUCGAUACAAAGAAGCAGAAUGAUGUUCAUUGGCAUAACAGGGGGGUAGCUGCUCGACCAUUACAUUUAUCAAGGGGAGUGGAGAAACCAAGUGGGAGGGUCACAUACACAGUUGUUCUUGAAGGUUUGUGCAGAUUUAGUGUCCAGGAACUGAGCAUGAGAGGAAUAUACCAUACUGCGAGGAUAACUUCCCUUGAAAUGACCAAGACUGAACUGGAACAAGUGGAGCAAGACCCAGAUUUCAUAAUGUUGUCUCGCCAAUUUAAAGCUACUGCAAUGGAGCUUAUUUCUGUUUUGGAGCUGAAACAAAAAACUGGUGGUAGGACAAAAGUCCUUUUGGACAACGUUCCAGUUCACAAGUUGGCUGAUAUAUUUGUUGCUAGUUUUGAGAUAAGUUUUGAAGAACAAUUAUCUAUGCUGGAUUUAAUUGACCCCAAAGUGAGGCUUUCAAAAGCUACUGAGUUAGUUGACAGGCAUUUACAGUCAAUACGUGUAGCUGAGAAAAUUACACAAAAGGUUGAAGGACAAUUGUCAAAAUCUCAAAAAGAAUUUCUUUUGCGCCAGCAGAUGAGGGCUAUAAAAGAGGAACUUGGUGAUAAUGAUGAUGAUGAGGAUGACCUGGCUGCCCUUGAAAGAAAGAUGCAAAGUGCAGGAAUGCCACAGAAUAUAUGGAAGCAUGGACACAGAGAGUUGAGGAGGCUUAAAAAAAUGCAGCCUCAGCAACCAGGGUAUAACAGUUCAAGGGUUUAUCUAGAGCUUCUUGCUGAUCUGCCCUGGCAGAAGGCCAGUGAAGAGAUUGAUCUGGACUUAAGAGCUGCACGGAAGCGACUGGAUAGUGAUCACUAUGGUUUAGUGAAGGUUAAGCAACGGAUAAUUGAAUACCUGGCGGUUCGCAAGCUUAAACCAGAUGCAAGGGGUCCAGUGUUGUGCUUUGUUGGACCACCAGGUGUUGGGAAAACAUCAUUGGCAUCUUCUAUUGCUGCUGCUUUGGGAAGAAAAUUUGUACGCAUAUCCCUUGGUGGAGUGAAGGAUGAGGCUGAUAUUAGAGGACAUAGGAGAACAUAUGUGGGAAGCAUGCCUGGGAGGCUUAUAGAUGGAUUAAAGAGAGUAGCCGUUUGCAAUCCCGUCAUGUUGCUUGAUGAAGUUGACAAGACAGGUUCUGAUAUUCGUGGAGAUCCAGCUUCAGCAUUACUAGAGGUUCUUGAUCCGGAACAAAAUAAAUCGUUCAAUGAUCACUAUUUGAAUGUUCCAUUUGAUCUAUCCAAGGUAGUUUUUGUGGCUACAGCAAAUAGGUUGCAACCCAUUCCUCCACCACUUCGUGAUAGAAUGGAAGUAAUUGAGCUUCCUGGAUAUACACCUGAGGAAAAGCUCCAAAUUGCCAUGCGGCAUUUGAUUCCAAGAGUUUUAGACCAGCAUGGAUUGAGUUCUGAGUUUCUUCAGAUUCCUGAGGCAAUGGUGAAGCUUGUUAUUCAGAGAUAUACUAGGGAAGCUGGUGUGCGAAACUUGGAGAGGAAUCUAGCUGCCUUGGCUCGAGCUGCUGCAGUAAGAGUUUUAGAGCAAGAACAAGUAGUUCCAUUAAACAAAGGGAUGCAAGGACUUGCUACACCACUUGUGGAAAACAGACUUGCUGAUGGAACUGAAGUUGAAAUGGAAGUGAUACCAAUGGGUGUCAAUAGUCGGGACAUCUCUAACACGUUUAGGAUUGCCUCUCCAUUUGUUGUUGAUGAAACUAUGCUUGAAAAAGUGCUUGGGCCCCCAAGAUUUGAUGGCAGAGAAGCUGCAGAACGUGUGGCUACCCCUGGGGUCACUGUUGGGCUAGUUUGGACUGCUUUUGGUGGAGAAGUUCAGUUUGUGGAGGCUACAGCUAUGGUUGGGAAGGGUGAACUGCAUCUCACUGGACAACUUGGUGAUGUAAUAAAAGAAUCAGCUCAGAUUGCACUAACAUGGGUAAGGGCAAGGACAACUGAUCUUAGGCUUGGUGCUACAGAGGGAUUUAAUAUUUUGGAGGGCCGUGAUGUACACAUACAUUUUCCUGCAGGCGCUGUACCUAAAGAUGGGCCCUCAGCUGGUGUGACUUUGGUCACAGCAUUGGUAUCACUUUUCAGUCAGCAAAGGGUGAGAUCAGACACGGCUAUGACUGGAGAGAUGACAUUGAGGGGUCUUGUUCUACCUGUUGGUGGUGUCAAGGAUAAGAUAUUAGCUGCACAUCGUUACGGUAUUAAGAGAGUUAUUCUACCUGAAAGGAACUUGAAGGACUUGGUUGAAGUACCAUCGUCUGUGCUAUCCAAUUUGGAGAUCCUGCUUGCUAAACGAGUGGAAGAUGUGUUAGAACAUGCUUUUGAUGGUGGGUGCCCUUGGAGGCAACACUCGAAGUUAUAGCAGCAUCCUUGAUUUGCAGGACGAGUUAGUAAACCUUUGUCUUUCAAUCAGUAAUGGCUUCUAUAUCAAUUCAACAUACAUACCGUCCCCUCCUGAUCUAUCAUUGUCAUCGUGAUAUCGGGUCCGAGUACUUCGACUUCAACUGAUCGUAAUUAAGCAAAACUCAAGAAACCAACAAUUUGGAUGGGAGCUGAGCUGACAUCUACAUUUAUCAAUGGGAAUCCACUCCACCUCAAUUAUAGUGUGUAAAUGCUUUAGCUUGAGACCAACUAUUGUGGAAGGUGAGCAACUGCAUCCUUUGAGUGCUCUCCAUACAACAUCUCCGGGUCACACUUUUGUAAAUUAUUUACCCUGUCACCACAUAUAUACACUUUUAACAUAUUGCGCAUAGAUCAUAACAAGAGAGGGCUUCCUCUCUUUAAUGUGGUUCCUUCUUCCUGCCUGCCAAUCCUUUUCCUUAUGUUUUAGUCGUUUUAGUCAGUAAGGCCGAGUUUCAUAAUAUGGUGUCAACUGCAUAGUUAACCUUAUUCAUGCAACACACCUGGACUUAAAUUACAGAGGUACUUACAUUUACCUCAUUCCAACGAGAUGAGUAAGGGUUCAAAUCCACGACAUGUUACACGCGA